AUGAUGCUCAAUGACCGACUUAUCACACCAUCAACCAAUACCUAUCCUUAUCGUUCCAUUCUGGAAACUUUGCUGACUUAUGGACCCGCCGCAAAAACAUCUCACCUAACAUCCUCAUUAUUUUACAAGGACACACCCGGCUUUACGGAUACCAAUAAUCCCUUAGCCGCUGCAAAUGGAAAUGAUGGUAUGAAAGAACGAUAUGAAUUUAUCAAGAAAAGUCGGACCGUGGACAUGCUCGGUCUUUUACACCUAGAUAUGUUUUUUCAAGAACGACUGUUACUGGGUGGUGUUGAUAUUAAACUUAAACUAAAUCGCAGUAAGAACAGUUUCAGUCUUAUGUCUAGCACCGAAAAUGCAAACUACAAGAUUGUCAUCACCAGUGCGUCUCUUCACGUGAGACGAGUCAUACUGAGCCCCGAUGCAAGCCUCAUUCACGCAAAACAAUUGGAAACCCAGACAGCAAAAUACCCCAUCAGAAGAGCAGAGGUCAAGACAUUCAGCAUACCGCGGGGGAACUUGUCAUUUACCAGAGAAAGUCUCGUCCUGGGUCAGAUUCCCAAACGACUGGUUAUUGGAUGUGUGAGCAACACAGCCUUCAAUGGAAAUUACACAAAGAACCCUUUUAACUUUCAUCACUAUAAUUUGAACUUUCUCGCCUUGUAUGCCGAUUCCGAACAGGUUCCUUGGAAACCUCUACGCCCGAAGUUUUCCGAAGAAGACCCGAACUAUAUCUUGGCAUAUCAGACACUAUUUUCAGGAGUCAAUUCUAUGUUUCAGGACAAAGGAAAUCAAAUCAACCGGAAAGAUUACGGCCAGGGGUAUACCCUCUAUGCAUCUGACUUAACUCCAGACUUGUCAGCAGGAGAUUGUUUUAACCUUUGGAAAAAUGGCAAUGUGCGUCUAGAGAUGCAGUUUGCUGAACCUUUACCAGAAACCAUUAAUGUGCUAGUAUACGCAGAGUAUGAAAGUGUGGUAGAGAUUGAUCGAAACCGUAAUGUCAUUGUUGACUUUGGAAGUUGA